UCGUGGAGGCCGAGAUUUCUUCACCCGUGGAAUCAGGCAUCGUAACAUGGGGCUUACCAAGCAAUACCUACGCUAUGUUGCCAGUGCAGUCUUUGGUCUGAUUGGCAGCCAAAAAGGUAAUAUCGUCUUUGUGACACUUCGUGGUGAGAAAGGACGUUACGUGGCAGUACCAGCCUGUGAACAUGUUUUCAUCUGGGACUUAAGGAAAGGCGAAAAGAUCCUCAUCCUUCAGGGGCUUAAACAAGAAGUCACUUACUUAUGCCCCAGCCCAGAUGGACUACACUUAGCCGUUGGUUAUGAGGAUGGGUCCAUCCGAAUCUUCAGUCUCCUGAGUGGGGAAGGAAAUGUGACGUUCAAUGGACAUAAAGCAGCUGUCACUACCUUGAAGUAUGAUCAGCUAGGAGGCAGGCUGGCUUCUGGGUCCAAGGACACAGAUAUUAUUGUGUGGGAUGUGAUCAAUGAGAGCGGCCUCUACCGUUUGAAAGGGCACAAAGACGCCAUCACCCAAGUGCUGUUUCUACGAGAAAAGAAUCUGCUGGUUAGCAGUGGGAAAGAUACCGUGGUCAAAUGGUGGGACCUCGAUACCCAACACUGCUUCAAAACAAUGGUUGGCCACCGAACAGAGGUGUGGGGUUUGGUUCUGGUGUCAGAAGAAAAGCGACUCAUCACAGGGGCCUCAGACAGUGAACUGAGAGCCUGGGACAUCACCUAUCUGCAAGAGAUUGAAGACCUGGAAGAGCCAGAACCCAAGAAAAUCAAAGGGUCAUCCUCAGGAAUACAGGACAUACGUGAUGCAGAGGAUGGUACCUUGGAACUGGACGAAGUUCCUGAGGAUCGCAUCCUUUCCUGCAGAAAAGCUGGUUCCCUAAUGCGGGAACGAAGGGACAGAGUUGUGAACCUUGCCGUUGACAAGACAGGCAGAAUUCUUGCUUGCCAUGGAACUGACUCUAUGCUAGAAGUGUUUUGUAUUCUUUCCAAAGAGGAAAUUCAGAAGAAAAUGGAUAAGAAGAUGAAGAAAGCUAGAAAGAAAGCAAAAUUAAAUUCUUGCAAAGGAGAAGAGGAAGACCUCGAAGUCAAUGUUGAAAUGAGUCUAAAAGAUGAAAUCCAACGGCUGACUAAUAUAAAAACUUCCGCCAAAAUCAAAUCCUUUGACUUGAUUCAUUCACCUCAAGGAGAUUUAAAGGCUGUCUUUCUGCUGCAAAACAACCUGGUGGAAUUGUAUUCCCUGAAUCCAUCUGCACCAACACCUCAGCCUGUCAGGACAAGCAGAAUCACCAUCGGGGGUCAUCGCAGUGAUGUGAGGACUUUGUCAUUCAGUUCCGACAACAUUGCUGUCCUUUCAGCAGCAGCUGAUUCCAUUAAGAUAUGGAACAGGUCUACGCUGCAGUGUAUUCGCACAAUGAACUGUGAUUAUGCGCUUUGCUCAUUUUUUGUACCUGGUGAUAGGCAGGUAGUCAUUGGAACAAAGACAGGGAAGCUGCAGCUUUUUGACUUGGCCUCCGGAAAUCUGCUGGAGACGAUAGAUGCACACGAUGGGGCUUUGUGGUCCAUGUCCCUCUCUCCAGAUCAGCGUGGUUUUGUGACAGGCAGUGCAGAUAAAACUGUCAAGUUCUGGGAUUUUGAAUUGGUGAAAGAUAAAAAUAGUGCCCAAAAGAGACUUUCUGUGAAGCAAACCCGAACCUUGCAACUAGAUGAGGAUGUCCUGUGUGUCAGUUACUCUCCCAAUCAAAAGCUGUUGGCAGUGUCGUUGCUGGACUGUACUGUGAAAAUUUUCUACGUUGACACUCUGAAGUUUUUUCUCUCAUUGUAUGGACACAAACUGCCUGUUCUAUGCAUGGACAUCUCUUAUGAUGGGACAUUAAUAGCAACUGGCUCUGCUGAUAGGAAUGUGAAGAUCUGGGGCUUGGACUUUGGGGACUGCCACAAGUCUCUGUUUGCACAUGAUGACAGUGUGAUGUACCUACAGUUUGUGCCGAAAUCUCACCUGUUCUUCACUGCUGGGAAAGACCAUAAGAUUAAGCAGUGGGAUGCAGACAAAUUUGAACACAUACAAACUCUAGAGGGGCACCACCAGGAAAUAUGGUGCUUGGCUGUAAGCCCCAAUGGAGACUACGUUGUGUCAUCUUCUCAUGACAAAUCUCUGAGACUUUGGGAGAGAACAAGGGAGCCACUUAUUCUUGAAGAAGAAAGGGAGAUGCAAAGGGAAGCGGAAUAUGAGGAGAGUGUGGCCAAAGAAGACCAACCAGCAGUUCCUGGGGAAACUCAAGGUGACAACUACUUUACUGGAAAGAAAACAAUUGAAACCAUCAAAGCAGCUGAGAGGAUCAUGGAGGCUAUUGAGCUAUACCGAGAAGAAACUGCAAAAAUGAAAGAACACAAAGCCAUUUGUAAAGCUGCUGGGAAAGAGGUUGCUCGUCCUAUCAACCCCAUCCUGAUGGCUUAUGGCAAUAUCUCACCUUCAGCUUAUGUAUUAGAGAUUUUUAAAGGAAUCAAGUCAAGUGAACUAGAAGAAUCUCUCCUUGUGCUACCAUUCUCUUACGUCCCAGACAUACUCAAACUCUUCAAUGAAUUCAUCCAGCAGGGCUCUGAUGUUGAACUUCUGUGUAGAUGCCUCUUCUUUCUCCUCAGAAUUCACUUUGGGCAGAUUACUAGCAACCAAAUGCUUGUGCCAGUGAUAGAGAAAUUAAAGGAAACAACUAUUUCAAAAGUUAGCGAAGUCCGGGAUAUUAUUGGCUUCAAUAUGGCUGGUCUUGAUUAUCUCAAGAGGGAAUGUGAAGCAAAGAGUGAAAUUAUGUUUUUUGCUGAUGCCACAAGCAACUUCGAAGAGAAGAAGAGGAAAAGGAAAAAGAGGGAGAGACUAAUUUUAACACUGACGUAGAAUUGAAGCGUAGUGCCCUUUUCUACUCUUAUAAAGGACU